GCGCCGCUCCCGUCCUGCGCCAGGGCCGCCGCCGAGCCCGCUCCGGCCCCGGGCCCCGCGCGCAGCGAGCCGGGCACGGAGGACCGCGGCCGGCGGCAUGGCAGCCUCAGGGAUGCUGGGAGGAUGCGAUAUCCUUAUCGUUUACAGCCGAGAUGCUGAGGAGUGGUGCCAGUACCUCCAGGACCUUUUCCUUUCCAGUCGGCAGGUCCGCAGCCAGAAGACACUGACUUACAGGCUGAACCCCAAGACGUCCUUCUCCGCCGAGGACCUGAGCUUCUUUCUCCACGUGCGCUGCAUUGUGGUGCUGCUCUCUGCCGAGCUGGUGCAGUGCUUCUGCCAGCCGAGCUUGCUGCCCCUGCUGCAGAGAGCCUUUCAUCCUCCACACCGCGUAGUGCGGCUGCUCUGCGGGGUACAGGACAGCGAGGAGUUCCUGGACUUCUUUCCAGACUGGGCCCACUGGCAGGAGCUCACCUGUGACGAUGAGCCUGAGACUUACGUAGCAGCUGUGAAGAAGGCCAUUUCUGAAGAUUCUGGCUGCGACUCCGUCACUGACCCCGAGACUGAGGACGAGAAGGUCCUUCCCUACUCAAAGCAGCAGAGCCUGCCGCCGCUGGAGACUCCGCCUGGGACCCUGAUGGUGGUGCAGCCGGGGCGCAUCCGCUGUGGGGCAGAAACCACUGUCUACGUCAUCGUGAGAUGUAAGUUGGAUGAGAAGGUGACAACAGAAGCCGAAUUUUCUCGUGAGGAUUCUCCCUCGAUAAGGGUGGAAGCCAAGCUGGAGAAUGAGUACACUGUUUCCGUGAAAGCUCCCAACCUUUCAUCUGGGAAUGUUUCUCUGAAGAUAUAUUCCGGGGACUUAGUGGUGUGUGACACCUUUAUCAGCUAUUAUACUGACAUGGAGGAGAUUGGGAAUUUAUUGUCCAAUGCUGCAAAUCCUGUGGAGUUCAUGUGUCAGGCCUUUAAAAUUGUGCCCUACAACACAGAGACCCUUGAUAAACUGCUAACGGAGUCCCUGAAGAACAACAUUCCUGCAAGUGGGCUGCACCUCUUUGGAAUCAACCAGCUGGAGGAAGAAGACAUGAUGACGAAUCAAAGGGAUGAAGAGCUGCCCACUUUGUUGCACUUUGCUGCCAAGUACGGACUAAAGAACCUCACUGCCUUGUUGCUCACCUGCCCGGGAGCCCUACAGGCCUACAGUGUUGCCAACAAGCAUGGCCACUAUCCUAACACCAUCGCCGAGAAGCACGGCUUCCGGGACCUGCGGCAGUUCAUCGACGAGUAUGUGGAAACUGUGGACAUGCUGAAGACUCACAUUAAAGAGGAGCUGAUGCAAGGCGAGGAGGCUGACUCUGUGUAUGAGUCCAUGGCCCACCUGUCCACAGACCUGCUCAUGAAAUGCUCCCUCAACCCCGGCUGUGAUGAGGACCUGUACGAGUCCAUGGCGGCCUUCGUCCCAGCUGCCACCGAAGACCUCUAUGUUGAGAUGCUUCAGGCCAGUACAUCUAAUCCAAUCCCCAGGGAUGGUUUCUCUCGGACUACUAAAGACUCUAUGAUUCGCAAGUUUUUAGAAGGCAACAGCACGGGAAUGUCCAGUUUGGAGAGAGACCAUCUUGGUCAGGAAGAAGAUGUAUAUCACACAGUGGAUGAUGACGAGGCCUUGUCAGUGGACUUGACCAACAGGCCCCCUGUCCCAGUGCCCAGACCAGAGGCCAGCGCAUCUGCCACUCACCAGCUAUCUGACAAUGAAUCAUACAUUUCUAAAGUUUUUGCAGAAAAAAGUCAAGAGAAGCCUGGGAAUUUCUAUGUUACCUCAGAGAGCAUGAGGAAAGAGCCACCUGUCAGACCGUGGAGGGACAGGCCUCAGUCGAGCAUAUAUGAUCCCUUUGCUGGGAUGAAAACACCAGGCCAGCGGCAACUCAUUACCCUCCAGGAGCAGGUGAAGCUGGGCAUCGUCAAUGUGGAUGAGGCCGUGCUGCACUUCAAAGAGUGGCAGCUCAACCAGAAGAGGCGGUCAGAGUCCUUCCGCUUCCAGCAGGAAAAUCUUAAACGACUAAGAGACAGCAUCACCCGAAGACAGAGAGAGAAGCAAAAAUCAGGAAAGCAGACAGACUUGGAGAUCACGGUCCCAAUUCGGCACUCACAGCACCUGCCUGGGAAAGUGGAGUAUGGAGUCUAUGAGAGUGGCCCCAGGAAAAGCGUCUUCCCCGCAAGGACAGAGCUAAGACGAGGAGACUGGAAAACAGACAGUACCUCCAGCACAGCAAGCAGCGCAAGUAACCGGUCCAGCACCCGGAGCCUCCUCAGUGUGAGCAGCGGGAUGGAGGGGGACAACGAGGAUAAUGAAGCUCCCGAGGUUACCAGGAGUCGUAGUCCGGGCCCUCCACAAGUGGACAGCAUGCCCACCGUGCCCCUUGAGAGGCCCCCCAGGGUGCCACCCCGCGCCGCCUCACAGAGGCCUCCGACCAGGGAGACCUUCCAUCCUCCUCCACCUGUUCCACCCAGAGGUCGCUGAUUCCACCUCCUUAAGGCUACCUCCUUCUGGACUUUGAGACUUGCAGUUUUCAGCCUGUUAAUGAUGUCUUCAUGCUGAGUUUUAUGGCCUGACCACUGACCUUAAGACCCACUCUCAUCACUGAUAUUGCUGCAGCCCUGCUGGUUUGGGCUUACCCUGAAGAAGAUAUUAUUAAGGCACAAAGAAUCGAAAACUAAGAACUUCAUUCACCAUCAUCUAUUGAUCCAUAUCCUCGUUUGCCAAAAGGAUGAUGACUUAAUUGGAGCUAGACUAAUUUGGGAUGUCAGGAGCCUGAAAGAUUGAUCAGAAAUGUACAAGUGAUUUUACAGAAAUGCACUUAUAUUAGGUCUUACUUAUUUGCUAGUCCAAUCUAACUUCUGUGGUUAUGAUUUAAAACUUACAGUAUUCAAGCAAGAAAGUAUAUCCUAAUCUUUAAAUGAUUCUUCCUUCAGCUUUUCUAUAGCUUCAGGAGUGUGUUUAAAUGCCAGGGCUGGUCACACACAGCAAACUCAAAAGGACUUUAGAGAAGGAUUAGUCCUAACUCCUUUUAGAUAGAAGGAAAAUCUAAUUUCACUGAAGCCUGGAGCCAAGAGUACUCAGUUGGUUAGAGGAAGAGGUGGGUCUAGAAUCUGGACCUGCUGAUUCCAGGUCAUCAUACUUCCCAUAUCCAAAUGGCUAAGCUCUCUCCCUCAAAAGAUGCCCAGAUGCAGAAAUGUAUUCAGUGACUAUUGACCUUCUAGAAGUUUCCUUUUUCCAUAUCUCCCAGGUAUGGAACUAUCAAGCAUUUCGGGCAUUUAUAAUUCAGUAUGCUUGCCAAGGAACAUCUAAAAAUGGUUGGGAACCGGAAGCUUGGCAUGCCAGGGGCCCCACUCAUUGCUCUGCAUCCUUUACAGACCUUAGUUCUGACCAUCAGAGAUAGGGGGGUCCUUGAAUUUCACUCUGCUGAGGGGUCAAAAGAAGAAGGAAGACCUUAAAAUAGAAAUAGUCUUCUGUUUUACUAUACACUUGUUAUUAACACCAGGUUUGGGAAAUCUGUGCAGAGAAUGUAGACCCUUAGGUAUAUCAUUAAUUUUGAGCUCUUAGCACAGAAAUCUACCUUGAAAACACAGGUCUUUAAUUUGAUGCUUAAAUAUACAGUAAAAUUAGUAUCAGACCCAUUUCUUUAAAAAUUAUCAGAAAUCUGAUGGUUCUCCAUGAAAUUAUUCUCCAUCCCACACAAAGAUAUAAAAACUAUACUAUUAAAGAUCCAUUUAAGUACAGUUUUAUUGAGUCCUUUUCUAAUGAUGAAUGGUUCUUUUUCAGUCAAAUUCCUCAGUUCAGCAAACAAUGAUUGAGUGAAGUUAAUAGCUUCUGGGAUCUUGGGUUUUUGUUUUUCUGCUUUUUUUUUUUUUUUCUGACAUAAAAUACACUAUUGGCACUGGCCUUGAAGAGAGCAUUUGUGCAAAUUACCUACCACAAUUCCUGGCACACAGUAGCUGUUUUGGAAUGGUCCCUUUACUCUCCUUGUCACUUAUCUGGGAGAAAUAAGGAAAUAUGAGAUAAAAGGAGAACAAGAAGUAUAAGACUGGUAUUCCUCUUAUUUAUAGACAGUCUCUAUUUUAAGCAUGCUUGAUCUUGAUAAAGCUAUACUUUUAAAAAUAUUUAAUGCCUCUAAGCCUCCUUUUGGAUGCCAAAUUUAAUUUUUUUAAGAUUCUUUGAUAAAUAAACAUUUAGAUCAGUAACAUGGCAAAACCUACUGCUAGCCAAUGGUGUUACCAUCUUUGUAUGCACAUCACUGUGUAAUAUUGGAAUAUUUUAUGGCAUUUUAUUCUUGCAGGAAAAUAAGUGGAAAACAUAAAAUUGAAAGUACUUAUGAGAAAUCUGGGUUUCAUAAAUAUGGUACACUCGAGAUGUGGGCUGAAAUGAUCAGGAGUGCCAAGUCAAAAAUGGCAAGUCUUAAAUCCUCAUUGAAUGCUCAUUGAACAUCCAAAAUGAUUGUAUGUAAAAGAAGAAAAUGAAAAAUUUGUAUGAAGCAUGGGGACCAUGUUAUCAAAGAAUAUUUCUAAAUGAUGGGGUGAAAUCUUUCAUUCUCCAGAAACAGAAUCACUCAUUUAAAUUUACUCAAUUUAAAUUUACUUGAUUUAAAUUUACUCAAAUUAAAUUUACUUAAUUUAAAUUUACUCAAUUUCCACAUACUCAACCUUAGUAUACAUUUUUAGGAAUACAGUAUGUAGCAAAACCACGAAUUUAAGUACAAUGAGAAUCAGAAACUAAAUUGUAACUAGGUAUCCAAAGAGACGAUUAAAAAGUUCCCUACCUGAUGCCUCUCCUUCCCCAAAAUUUUACAAACUGGCUCAAUAGACAGUGAAGCUGUUAGUCAUAUUCACUGCCAUUGCCUUUGCCUCUAACUGUGCAGGGUACACUGUCCUCCAGUUCCCAGUCCAGCACUGUUCCUUCAUCUAAUGUUAAAACCUGUGAGCAGAUAACCCAACUAUAUGAGCAACAAAGUAUGAAUACUGAGAGACUCUAAACAGGAGGUUUGUAUUACAGUCAAAUAAUUUAACUUGACAUAUUUAAUAAUGUGAAUAAUCCCUAAGGCUUUGCCAUAAUUAGAUAAAGUAAUAGUAUGUAAAUGACUUAAAUGAAUAUUUUUCACAGCAAGCUAAGUUACCUGCUCCUUCCCCCUCCUUUUGUCUUUCUUUGUUAUUAAAAAACAGGGAUCCUAGUCUACUUUACUGGGAUUUCUAGAUCCCUCUCCCAUUUGCUCUAGGAAGUAAGUUGGUUUUCUAUGCUUGUCUUUCAAAGAAUACUGUGUGGAUUUGCAACUGGUUGGCUGAGGAAGCAUUAGUAACAGAUUUAUUUCUAAGAAAGACAAGUAGCUAAUUUGGAUAUCUCUAGAAGAUUCAUCCUAGAAAUCGAUCCUCAAUUUUGAGGACUCUGACUGUAUAAAUAUUUGCUUUGGUUUGAUAAACAAAUUGUGUUCUAUUAAUUUCCAAGUAUAAUAAGUUAUUAAGAAUAAAAAACAGUGUUCUCCAUUCAUUCCCGUGGCCAGACACUAUGUUCACCAGAGUGGUGAGAGGAUGAGUAGGAGGUUGAAAGAUGUAUUCUGAAUUCUGAGCACAACUCAGAAUUAGUUUUCUCAUAGAAACUGUAAUAAAUUGUGGGUUCCCUGGCUAGCCUGCCAAAGCCCAUUUAAAGUGUCUUAGCUAGCCAUGCAGUAAGAGUUAGCAUGAUGCAGGGAAAGAACAUUGGCUUGGAAGUCAGGAAAAUGAUUUUAUUUUGGACUGCUGCUGACUUGAUGAAUUCACCUAUCUUGACUACCCAUCAUCUGUAAAAUAAAAUGUUUUGUGUUUAGUAAUAACCUAAGUCCCUUCAACUCUGUAAGUUUAGGAGUAAGGCUAGGGGUGAGGAAUCACUCAUUCUGAAGAAGGAAGGGGACAACCAUACUGGAGUGACCACCUAGUUAGCAAGGGGUCUUAUUAUGUGGCAGCUCCUGUUCCAUGCCCUCUAUCGUUGGGUAUGACAGAUCAGCUAAAAGAAAUGUGUGAGAAACAGUAAAAUGGGAGCUUCGUUGUAUCAUAAUACAAUAACUUAUAAUAGCCUUAGUUGUUCUUUGGUCUAAGAACCAAAAGUUUUAAGCGAUUGCUUCCUAAAGAAAGAAUUCAAAACAAUUUUAAAGCUCCUCAGUAUCUAGAACAUUUCAGCUAGAACAGAAAAGGUAGAGGCAGAAGGUGAUAAAUGGCAAUAGAAAAGUAGGUUACUAGCAAGGCAAACAUAACAAAGUAGAAAGAAGAAAUAGAAUUUCAAAGAAAAGGUAGCUGAGGAUGGAAAUCAGAAGAUAUUUUGUCAUCUAUAGACCAAACUUUUGAUGGUUGUGUUUACCAAAAAUAAAAGAUUGAAACUGUG